UAAAUUAUACAUUUACAGGAAGAAAUGGAAAAAAGAUGUACUAAAUUCUUGUCUCUUGACAAGUGUUUGCCAAAAAAAAGAUUCUUACAGAUUUUAGAUGUACCUCAUGAUGAUUCUAAAUCAAUUAAUUUAAUGUAUGACCUGGAAUGGCUUUCAAUUUUGCAUCUUACCAAUCAUUUAUUAAAUAUUAACAGUAACAUGUAUUAUUUACCAGGACCUUCUGCUUCAGAAAGGUAUGAUUUUACUCCAACUGAAGAAGAAAAAACUGUUGUUCUUAACAUGUUCUCUCAUGACUUGAGAAUCCCAAAUAAUUUUAUUUCUCUUGAAAAUUAUAAAUCUAAAACAAAUCCUCAGACUACUACUUUUUGUGGAAAGUUAUGUAUAGACGACCCUCUUGCUUUGUUAUUAGGACAGUGGUCUCGUUCUAAUUUAACUGAAAAUGAACCUGAAAUGGAUUCUACAUUUUCAUCAUUUGUAAACUCUACUGUGUGUUCAAUAAAUGAAGAUGAAUUAUUGGAUAAGACAUCAGAAAAAAUAACAAUGUCUCCAUUUGUGCUACCCGAACCAAAAAAUGAUAGCACGUGUUCAAAUAGUAAUGAAAAUUCAUUUUUGAAUAAUUGCUCAAGCAUAAUAAUGCCAAAUACAUCUACAGAAGAAUCUCAUGAAAAUAUUUUCCAAUCACAAGAUGCCACGGUAAAUAAUGAUAUACAUAAUGAAGUAAAUAAUACAACCACUAAAACAAAAUGUUUAAAAAGAAGAAAUUAUCAACAAACUUAUGAGGAUGACUGUGAAUAGUAUUAUGUUAUAUUUUUAGAAUUCAUAAUAUCUUAAAUGUUUAUUUUCUAAUAUAUGAUUUGA